GCAGUACUCCACAUACACAAUGCUCGCCCUCCGCCGCCUCGCCCCAGCAACAUUGAGGUCACUGCACACCUCCGCGCCGGCCGCGAAGAAGGCCAAGGCCGUCGAGUUCGAGGAGGAGGACUUUGACGACGCGGGCGACCUGUUUGACGGCGCGCAGGUCGAGGCGGCGUCGGGCGACCGCGGCGCGCGCCGCGCUGCCCUGUCCGACUCGAUCCUGAACCGCACGUCGGUGCGCAUCGGCGACCUGCGCAAGGUCGUCCAGCUGUCCGACUCGGUCGAGGACCUGCAGCAGCUCGGCACGGUGCUCAAGAGCUGGCGCGCGCAGGGGAAGAAGGUGACGGACCAGACGGCGGUGGAGAUUGUUGGCCGGUGUAUCCGCUUCGGACAGCAGGAGCUGGCGCACACCUACGUCUCGCACAAGGUGCAGUACGGCAUCCCCACGCUCCCCGCACACGUGUACAACAAGAUUGCGCCGGUCAAGGGGGCCAAGGAGGCCAAGACGGCGGCAGAGGAGGUCAAGGAGGCGCCCGCGGCCGCCGCCGAGGCGACCGAGGCAUGAUGUAUCGGCAUUGCAUGGGCA